AUGUCUAGGCUGGCGCCCAUGCGGCUGUACACACUCUCCAAGCGCCACUUUGUCCUCGUGUUUGUCGUUUUCUUCCUCUGCUUUGGCCUGACCGUCUUCGUCGGGAUCAAAGGGCCCAAAGUGAUCCAGACUUCUGCAGCCAAUUUUUCGCUGAACAGUAGCAAAAAGCUAAAGCCAAUUGAGAUACUUUCAAACCCACUGUCUACGUAUAAUCAGCAGCUGUGGCUGACAUGUGUGGUGGAGUUGGAUCAGUCGAAAGAAACUUCAGUUCAGACAAGCUUUCCCCUGACUGUUAAAGUCGAUGGUGUAGCUCCAGGUGGAACCAUAAUGUUCAUUCAUAACAAAGUUCACAAUCGGACCAGGACCCUCACGUGCGCAGGGAAAUGUGCAGAAAUUAUUGUGGCUCACCUUGGCUACCUGAAUUACACACAGUACACAGUGAUUGUGGGAUUUGAACACCUGAAGCUGCCCAUCAAGGAGAUGAACUUCACAUGGAAGACUUACGACCCUGCCUUCUCCCAGUUGGAAAUCUGGUUCCGGUUUGUCUUUGUGGUGCUGACCUUCAUUGUCACCUGCCUGUUUGCUCACUCCCUGCGGAAGUUCUCCAUGAGGGACUGGGGCAUCGAGCAGAAGUGGAUGUCUGUCCUGCUGCCCCUGCUGCUGCUGUACAACGAUCCGUUUUUCCCCCUGUCCUUCCUGGUGAACAGCUGGGUCCCGGGCAUGCUGGACGACUUGUUCCAGUCACUGUUCCUGUGUGCCCUGCUGCUCUUCUGGCUCUGCGUGUACCACGGCAUCCGUGUGCAGGGAGAAAGAAAGUGUUUAACUUUCUAUUUGCCUAAGUUCUUCAUUGUUGGACUCUUGUGGUUGGCUUCGGUGACACUCGGGAUAUGGCAAACAGUUAAUGAGUUACAUGAUCCAAUGUACCAGUAUCGCGUUGACACAGGAAAUUUUCAGGGAAUGAAGGCAUUCUUCAUGGUGGUGGCGGCUGUGUACAUCCUGUACCUCCUGUUCUUGAUCGUGCGGGCGUGUUCCGAGCUACGCCACAUGCCUUACGUAGAUCUCAGGUUAAAAUUUUUGACGGCCUUGACCUUUGUAGUACUUGUCAUUAGCAUCGUCAUCCUUUAUUUAAGGUUCGGAGCACAGGUGUUACAAGACAACUUUGUGGCUGAACUGUCCACACAUUACCAGAACUCAGCUGAAUUCUUGUCUUUCUAUGGCUUGUUGAACUUCUAUCUGUACACUUUGGCCUUUGUGUAUUCUCCAUCCAGGAACGCUCUGUACGAGUCCCAGUUGAAGGACAACCCUGCCUUCUCCAUGCUGAACGACUCCGACGAUGAUGUCAUCUAUGGGAGCGACUAUGAAGAGAUGCCUCUGCAGAACGGCCAGGCCAUUCGGGCCAAGUACAAGGAAGAGUCAGACAGCGACUGA